AUGAAUCGUCUGUUGGAAUACGGUAGUGUUGAAGCUAUUCCCUAUUACAACUGCUCCCAUAAAAAUUUCACGGAAUGGGAGAAGACUGGACAGAAACGACCGUAUUUCGGAUGGCCACUGGUAGUUUUUGGAGUCCUCGUGGAGUUGUUGUACAUUCCUGUUAUCUAUAUUAUAUUUAAAACCAAACUUAUCAGACAUCCGUGUUAUAAAUUAAUUCUCCUGUUGGCUCUAAUUGAUAUGAGUGCAACUUGCUGUAGUUGUCUGAUAACUGGGCCUAUGCUGAUUAUGGGAACCGUGUUCUGUAUGUAUCCAACGUUUACAUAUGUGGCUGGAGGAAUUGCAUUAAAUACCUGGUGCAUGGCAUGUGCGGCUACCAUGUCUCUAUUUUCCAAUCGGAUCAUCAGUAUUGGCUUCAGAAAGUAUGCAGAUGUAAUCGAGAAGAAACUUGCCUAUACUUCAAUCAGUUUUGUACUUUUCUAUGGAUUCUACAUUUAUUGGUUUACACCUACAAUUGUGUAUAAUUCAGUAUUUAUGGCAUGGAUUCCUGAUCCAUUAUCCGAGGAAGUACCCAGUGAAGAGGCUGCUGCAAUGUACAAAAACACAAUUCAAGCGUGGAACAAUUGGGUAUUUGUGACAUGUAUGUUCAUACUAUUCUCUGUGUAUUUUAUAAUGGUAAAACGGCUGGCAAAGGGACAGAAGUCAAAGGCUUCCAGAUCGAUAUUCAUCCAAUGCUCCAUAAUAUGCUUCUUCAACACCGGAACUGCUUUGAUCUACAACGCGCUUGCAAUUGUAACUCCUGCUGAAUGGAUUCUUGCAUUUGGACAAAUAUGUUGGACAUGUAAUCAUGCAAGUCCUGCUAUUAUAUAUGUCACUUUGAAUGACACUAUCCGCAGGGAAUUCUUGAAAACUGUGUUCAGAGUCACUUUGGCACCGAAAAUAGAGGAUGCUACAACAAGUCUUGCGAAGAAAAGCACAAUUUGA